GCAAGAGAGAUGGUGCAAAGAAGGAUAGAAAUCCAUUUGUAUUCCAGGCCGAGCUGUUUGCAUGGAAAAUAAUGGCUUGUGUGUUACUAGUGUGGUUCGGACGGGGGGAGGCAGACAAUACCAGCACUGUUUGUUCUCCUCGAGAAGGUAUUGAGAAAGGGAGGGUGAGAAGAAGGAGGGAUGGGCGAGAAAGGAGAAAGGCAGAGGUCGUCAGUGGACGGAGCUGGCCAUUGUGAGCAGAGUGGGCAUCAGCCUUGAACCAUACUGUGCUUUUAGUCAGGGUUUUUCAGUUGUAGGCCAGUUUAGAGGUUAACAAGCUGUGGAGAGUGAAGAGAGAGGAGAGGUCAGAAGCUCAGGCCAGAACUUUCAGAAUGAAAUCCCGUGCUGCACUCUCCCCGUCAACAAGCUCUUGGAAUAUUUCCAUCACAAGAGGCUUCAGUAUUCUAACUGAAGACUAACUGCUUCAGGGCUCUGACCACAUCUUCUGGAAAUAGGGGAGAGGAGCGGGGCAGACAGGAAGUGGUGUAACAAUGGAGGGCUGUUCUGUUCUUCCAGUGGUCAUCAUGAUCUCCAUCAUGCCCGGUUUGGUGGGGAGUGAGCUAAGAAUGUCUAGACAAGAACUGAGAGGCAGUCAGCUGACAGAAGGCCUCGGCGUCCCCCGUCCCCGAGCCAAGCGUGGCUGGAUCUGGAAACAGCUGUUUGUGGAGGAAGAGGAUCCCAUACCCAAAAUAAUCGGCCAGCUGAAAUCAAACUACGACAAAGGAGACUUUACGAUCAGGUACAUCCUGUCUGGAGAAGGAGCAGGAGAUGUGUUCCGCAUCGACGAGUUCAGCGGUGAGAUCCAUGCUCUAAAGAGUCUGGACAGAGAAGAAAAAGCCUUCUAUGUGCUCCAAGCCCACGCUAUUGACCGCAGGAACGGCCAGCCAGUGGAGCCCGAGUCCGAGUUCAUCAUCAAAGUCCAGGAUAUCAAUGAUAAUGCCCCGGAGUUCAUAAACGAGCCCUACGUGUCCAGUAUUCCAGAAAUGAGUCCGAUAGGGACCACAGUUGUCCAGGUGACAGCCACAGAUGCAGAUGACCCCAUGUUUGGGAACAAUGCCAAACUCAUCUAUUCCAUCCUGCAAGGAGAGCCCUACUUCUCAGUGGAGCCCAAAACAGGUAUAAUAGUGACCUCCUGGCAGAACAUGGACAGAGAAGCCAGUGAGACGUAUCUGGUGGUGGUUCAAGUGAAAGACAUGUUUGGAUUUUCUGGAGGCUACAGCGCUACGACAACUGUGACCAUCACCCUCACCGAUGUCAAUGAUAAUGGACCAACCUUCCAACACAACUUGUACACAUUUGCAUUAGAGGAGUCAGCACCAGUGGGCACCACGGUGGGCAGGGUCAUGGCAGAAGAUGCUGACAUUGGAGUGAACGCCAAGAUGAACUACAGUCUGGACGACCUGGAGGAGAGCGCCACCUUUAGAGUCCAUACGGAUCCUGAAACACAGGAGGGGAUAGUGACCCUGGCUAAACCUUUAGACUAUGAGAGCAAGCGCAGAUUUGUCAUUGCCAUAGAGGCCAUCAACGCCCACGUGGACACCAGAUUCCUAUCCUACAGUGAAUUUAGUGACCGGACGAUGAUUAAAAUCCUGGUGACGGAUGUGGAUGAACCUCCACUUUUCUCCGCUGAGGUUUAUGAAUGGAAGGUUCUGGAGAACGCACCUGUUGGAACGCAGGUUGGAACAGUCUCUGGCAGAGAUAACGAUGCUGCCAACAACCCUAUCAGAUAUUCCAUAACCAAGAGCAGUGACUUGAGAAAAGCCUUCCGGAUUGACCCGAACAAUGGGACAGUGUCAGUGGCCAAACCUUUGGACCAAGAGACAGCAGCCUGGCAUAAUCUCACUGUCACAGCCAAAGAAACCAAGGAGAAUCAGCUCUCAUCCUCAGUGUUUGUCGCCAUCAAAGUCCUGGACAUCAAUGACAACAUCCCCACACUGUCCAGGGACUACCAGCCCUACGUGUGUGAGGGCACAGAGGCAGGAGAGCUGAUCCAGAUCAUCAGUGCGGUGGAUGCAGAUGACCCAUCGGAAGGCCACCACUUUUAUUUCUCUAUGUUACCAGAUAAACACAUCAACCCCAACUUCACCAUCAGAGACAACCAAGAUAACACUGCAGGUAUUCUGACACGUCGGAGCUCGUUUACCCGUCGUGACCGGACACACUAUCAACUUCCAGUUGUCAUAACGGACAGCGGCUCCCCCGCCCUCUCCAGCACGAGUACCCUCACUAUCAGCGUGUGCUCCUGUCAGCCUGCAGGACACUGCCCAUCAGGAGGGGUGGAAGCACUGGCACUGUCUAUGGGCCUCAGUACACAGACACUACUGGGACUGUCUGUGUGCAUCAUCACACUCAUAGCCCUGUCCUUAUUAAUGCUAGCAGUGUGGAGGCACAGGAAGCUGCAGCAGCAGAAGUUAGCUGCUCAGGAGCUGGACACAGCGGAGUACUCUGAUAGAGUGAUUCUCUACACAGAGGCUAAGACUGUUGAGGACGCAGCAGCCUUCUCCACCCAGCCGGUCCCCCUGAGGCCCCACCCUCGGCGCCGUGAGCACAGACUCCGCAGGGAGGAAGUGGCCGCCAGCAUACGCAUGUCUCUCCGUCACUCGCAUCUCAUUGGCCCCGAGGAUGAGGUCUUCCGGCAGUUCAUCAUGGACCGUCUGUCCGAGGCCGAUCAGGACCCCUACGUGCCGCCCUUCGAUUGCCUGCGUACGUACGCCUUCGAGGGGACGGGGUCACUAACCGGAUCCCUGAGCUCACUGGAGUCCUCGACUUUUGAUCCCUGCGUAAGUCGACCCCACGACCCUGGACCACGAUUCUUGAGACUGAGCCCCUGGCAAGGAGCAGAGGAGGAUGAGACUUCAUUCUGAUUCCUGAACUGAAGACAAAUGAUGUUUAAUGUGAGUUUAGUAUGUGCACUUACUGUACUUUCUGUACCUACGUUCAAUUGCCAUUUUAUCAGAAACACUUACAUAAUAUAAGCCCCACAAUUCAAUUCAAGAAGUCCAAUUCAACCCCCUUCCUAAGUGUCCUUCAACCAUACAGUGUUUCCAAGCUGUCUGGAAUAGUGCAGAAAGAACCAUUGCAUCUUCUUAAAUAUCCCCGGACAGCUCAACAUGCUUGGAGGAGAACACUAACUAACUGCUAACAGGCUCCCACAUUGGCUAGCUGGUGAACUGCUGAGCACUGGGCAUUAAUAAAGACCCAUCCUACCUAUCCAAAAAGACAGAAUGAUGAUAAUGAUACUUUUUGGGUUCCUGGUAACAGAUACAGCAUCGCUAAGGAAGGUUUUUCAAUGACAGAGCCAAAGAUUAAACAUUUCUGGGGCUUUAACCACUAUGUGCACUUACUGCCAACUGUAUGAGAAACGUCAACCUUGAUGGUAAACUUAGGUGUGCAUUUAGGUUCUUAUAUACAUUAUAAAUGUACCUACAGUGUUAUAUAGAAGAAAAACGUUUAAUAUUCUUGGGGGAAAAAAAAGUUUAAUAUUAUUUGGACUUCUGAGUCCUGAAUUGUAAAUUGAGUAUUAGUUACAAAUGCAAUAAUUCCUAAUAACCAAUAUAGUACAGUACUAUUUAUAUAUAAAGUAUAGGUUGUUUGCUGGAGUAUUUUGAUCAAUUGCUGAUUGAUUGAUUUUAUGUAUAGGCAAAGUAUUAAAGGGAAUGCUUUUUUCUGCACUGUCCCAUUUGUCAUAUAUUAAAUAUGCAUAUAUGUAUUAUGGCUAUAUAUUUUGUUUUAGUCUGCUUUUAGCUAUCCCAAUGUGUAUGCAAUUAGACACAAAAAUAUAACUACACAAUUUCAAACACUAAAAAAUAUACAAUCCUCUCAGAAUUUAAUGUGCCUUUUUGAAAAUAUUAUGUAUUAUAUUAUUAGAAAUAAAAAACAUUAUGUAACAUUUUUACCUUAAAAAAACAGCUUUAAAACCAUUGUGAUGCUCCACUGAGCAGUAAAAGGGAGAAUAAUGCCUAUUUUGGACUUAGCAUGCCAAAAACUGCACUAUGUAAAUAAUUCAGACAAUGCUUAUGAAAACUAUGUAAAGCGGCAUAUCCCAGGUCAUAUUUGUGUAAAAUCCACAUGAGUGACAUGAUUCUUUUACCUCAGAUAUUGGCUCAGAAAUCCAUGUUAAAAGUGUGUCCUUAAAUGUAAACUUAUGUUAUGGUUGAACAACAAAAAAAAUUGACAAAGUGUGCUUCAGAAAAAAGAUGAAAAAAAGGACCAUCCAGAUUGUUAUCAGCAACAAGUCUAAAUGUGUGCACUGUCAUGUUAUGGGGUUUUGUAAGUAUAUUUCUGUGAUUGCAGCAUCAAUGUGGGAAGAUACAUUAAGAUAUUAGCACAACACAUGCUGGCUUCAAGACAAUUUUGUCUUGUCAAGGCAUUAAAAAAAAAAGACAAUGUAAAACCACACGCUGCAUACAUUACAAAGGCAGGGCUGGUGAAGAAAAGGUUAUGAAAAGGUUACAGGUACUUGACUGGCUUGUCUGCAGUCCUAACCUGUGGAGAAUUUGUUGAAAUGGCAACCCUGUGCCGUUGAACGCCUUAAGAUGUAUUUGCAGAAAAAACAGCACAAAGUAAUCCCUAAAACACUUCAUCACUUGAAAUUUGUUGCAGGCAUCUUACUCUCUACAGUGAAAUAAAAGUCAAAGUAAAAUGUAAA